GGCGGAGUCCCUCUGGUCAAGGGAAGCCCCACUUCCCAGGAACGUUAGGAGUUUCCUGGUGUUUGCUGAUUAUUGAGGCCUACAACGGCACCCACCUCCAACAGAAUUUAGAAUAGGGAGAGAGGAAGGGAGAGGGAGAAACAUUGAUGUGAGAGAGAAGCAUUCAUUGGUUGUUUCUCAGCACGCACCCAGACUAGGAAUUGUACAUGCUCAGACUGGGGAUCGAACCUGCAGCCUAGGACCUGACAAUGUCUCUGUACUGUGGGACUGCUUGCAGGCGAAAAUCUUUUUGGUGCUACAGGCUGCUGUCAACCUACGUCACCAAGACCCGGUAUUUAUUUGAACUGAAGGAAGAUGAUGAUGCAUGUAAAAAAGCCCAGCAGACAGGAGCAUUUUAUCUCUUUCAUAACCUGGCUCCUUUGCUUCAGAAAUCAGAACAUCAAUACCUGCUGCCCCAGUAUAGCCUAGUAGAGUUGGAAAAGCUCCUGGGAAAGCUUGGACAGGAUGCACAAAGAAUAGAAGAUUCUGUGCUAAUUGGAUGCUCCGAACAGCAUGAAGCAUGGUUUGCUCUGGACCUAGGUCUAACUAACUCCUCUUCCAUGAGUGCUUCCCUACAGAAACCAGAAAUGGAGGCAGAGCUCAAGGGCUCUUUCACUGAGUUGAGGAAGGCUCUCUUUCGGCUGAGUGUGAAGGAUGCCUCCUUGCUGUCCACGGCUCAGGCCCUCCUCCGCUGGCAUGAUGCUCAUCAGUUCUGCAGCAAAAGUGGGCAGCCCACCAAGAAGAAUGUGGCUGGCAGCAAGCGUGUGUGCCCUUCUAAUAAGAUGAUCUAUUAUCCACAGAUGGCUCCUGUGGUGAUCACUCUCGUGUCAGAUGGGACUCGAUGCCUGCUUGCCCGUCAGAGUUCUUUCCCCAAGGGAAUGUACUCUGCCUUGGCAGGUUUUUGUGAUAUAGGUGAAAGUCUGGAAGAGGCUGUCCAGCGAGAAGUUGCGGAAGAGGUGGGCUUGGAGGUGGAAAGACUGCACUACUCCGCAUCCCAGCACUGGCCCUUUCCUAACAGCUCACUCAUGAUUGCUUGUCAUGCAGCUGUGAGUCCUGGACAGACCGAGAUCCAGGUAAACUUGAGAGAACUAGAAGCAGCUGCCUGGUUCAGUCAUGAUGAGGUGGUCAUGGCCUUGAAGAGAAAUGACCCAUAUACUAAGCAACAGAAUGGGACUUUCCCAUUCUGGCUGCCCCCGAAGUUAGCCAUUGCCCACCAACUGAUUAAGGAGUGGGUGGAAAAACCAACCUGUCCUUCUCUGCCUGCUUAGCUCAGACCAGGCCACCUAGAUCCCUCCUCAGUAUCUCAGAGGGGCAUAUCAAAUGUCAGUUGAAAAGGAGAGGUGACAAAAUGCCAUAUCUAGCCAAACUCACAUUAAGGCAGAGAAUAAGGUGAGCCAACAGCGAGACACCUCUCCCAGCAGUGUGAAUGAAAGCCAUCCCUACUUACAGAAAAUCAGAGGUGCCAGAGCAAGAAGAGAGACUACUGGGAUGAUGACCGUCAAAGCCAGGGGGAAGGCCGAGGCUUCAGUUUAGAUGUAGGCCCUUGUUCACCCAUCUUCUCCGAAACCUCAGGUGCAAACAACUGUUGGUGUGUGGCUUGUUAAUGCUGGGUUUAUAACUGCCAAAAUGUGCCUGGUAUAAUUUUGGUUAAAACUUUUAUCUUACUAUUUAAAAUAUAUAGCAAAUCUCAACCCACUGAGUUACUUUUUAUCCUCAUAGACUUAAGACAAAUAGUACAACAUAACAGUUUUGAAUUUAUGUGCAGGUGAUUAUUUUGUAUAUAGUAGUGAAAUAAAAGUCAUAGUUCUUUAAGUCACUGAAGGGAUGAGGAAAGUGGGGGCUAAGGUCUCCCUCAGAGCUCUGCAGUAAGUCAGAAGCAAUGCUGUUCUGUUGCGGUCACUGCUUCUCAGUGAAGCACUUAGCUGGGUUUGUGAUCCAAGGCUGGGAGGAUCACAUUGCUGUUCCUGGUUUCCUAAGUGUAAAAUGACCACUGCCAUUCGCACAUCCAGUGUUGUAACUUCAACUAAGGGCUUAGAGAGGGCGAACCAGAACAAGAAAUGUGAACCAUUUCUUGAGUUCUAUAGGAUAAACUAAACUUAGGAUUUCUCAUCAUUCAUAUAUGCCAUUUGUAUACCUUGCCAUGAGGGAGAAUUUGUCUGGAGGAAAUAAAAUAAGUUUCCACUCCUUU